UUGUCCCCCUCUCGUGUGGCGUUACCUCGACCGCAGAUCACCGCGCGGGUGGCCGCGGGAGGGAGGGCUGAAGCGCGUUCGGUGGUGCCCGGGAAGUGCGGGAAGCAGAUGGCGGGCGCGAGGGUUGGGGGGCUACGGGUGGUGACGGCGAUGACGGUGAUGAUGAUGUUGAGCCUGGCCUUUCACAUGUCAUUUGGCCAAUCGUUCCAGGCCAGUCCGUUCAGCUUCAUCUGCAUGUCAUCGCGGCCAACGCGUUCGAGAGUCUUCUUCUCGCGGUUGCUCAUGGCCCAAGCAGCCAAGCUCGGGGGAACUCACGACAAAGCCCUUGAGUCCGUCCCGCUGGGACGGACGUCUGUCGCCGGCGGGGACGCAGGCUGCAGGUGCCGCGGGCGGCGGGCGGCGUCAAAGGUCCAUGUGUCUUUUUUUGGGGGGGCGAGGGUGCGUUUGCGUGUGUGCGAGUAUAUCGUCGCCGGAAGGAGGGUCUAGACUGGCCGUCUGUUUCUUUGUUUGCGCGAGCGCAAGCGCGACGCGAGCGUCAGACUUCCCCAGUCAACAACGGUGAGGCGUCCAGAGCGGGAGCGAUGCCCGACAUCAUAAGGCAAGGCGUAGGGUCC